AUGGCAACCUACGGCCUGCAGGUGAAGGAUGAGCUCCACGGCGGCGGCAUCGGCAUCGGCAUCGGAGGGGGAGGAGGAGGAGGAGGGCAGGGGCUGUACUGCGGUGCUACGCCGACGCCGGCGCCGCCUCCUGCGGCCACCGGCGGCGGCGGGGACGGUGGUGUGAAGAGUAAGAGGAGCAGGAAGAGGGAGCCGUCGUCGUCCCUGGUGACGAUGAGCAACGGCGGCGGCAAGGACGAGGCGGUCGCCGGCGGCGGCGACAAGUCGGCGAGUAGCAACAGUAACGCGACCAAGAGGAGCUCAAGGUUCAGAGGAGUUAGCAGGCAUCGGUGGACGGGCAGGUUCGAGGCGCACCUGUGGGACAAAGGGACCUGGAACCCUACGCAGAAGAAGAAAGGGAAGCAAGUUUACCUUGGAGCGUACAACGAGGAAGACGCGGCAGCAAGAGCCUAUGAUCUGGCAGCGCUCAAGUACUGGGGACCUACCACCUACACCAACUUUCCGGUUGUGGACUACGAGAGAGAGCUCAAAGUGAUGCAGAAUGUGUCCAAGGAAGAGUACCUUGCCUCCAUAAGAAGGAAGAGCAACGGCUUCUCCCGCGGAGUUUCCAAGUACAGAGGCGUCGCACGGCACCACCACAACGGCAGAUGGGAGGCUCGGAUCGGCCGGGUGUUCGGCAACAAGUACCUGUACCUGGGCACGUACAGCACGCAGGAGGAGGCGGCGCGCGCCUACGACAUCGCCGCCAUCGAGUACCGCGGCAUCAACGCCGUCACCAACUUCGACCUCAGCACCUACAUCCGCUGGCUCAAGCCCGGCGGCGGCGGCGCCGUCCGCGGCGAGGACGCCGGCGCCGGCACCCCGACGUCGGGCGUCAGGGGGCCGGGCAUACCGCCGGCAUCGUCGCUGUCCCUACAGGCCGGCGGCCUCCUGCAGCACCCGCACGGUGCCGCGGCCGGCAUGCUGCAGGUCGACGUCGUCGACGAUCUCUACCGCGGGCACCUGGCAGCGGCGCGCGGGGCUGCGUUGUUCCCGGGCGGCCUCGACGACGUGGGCUCCGUGUACGCCGCAGGCAGUGCAGGGCCCAGCCCGACGGCGCUGUGCGUCGGGAGGCCGUCUCCGUCUCCGUCGCCGUCGCCGUCGUCGUCCACCACGGCGCUCAGCCUGCUGCUGCGCUCGUCGAUGUUCCAGGAGCUCGUGGCGCGGAACGCUGGCGGAGACGCGCAGCAGCAGCAGCUCGUGCUCGCGGGCCAAGGGGCAGUGUCGCCGCACGUCGUCGUUGACGCCAAAGUUGAGCAGCACGACGAGCCGGAGGCGGAGGGCGAGCUGGGCCACGGUGGCGAGCUCUACGGCGCGGUGGGGGCGGACGAGGACGAGGACGCGUUGGCAUGCUCCAUGUACGAGCUCGACGACAGCUUCGCGCGCAUCGAGCAGUCGCUUUGGGGCUGCCUACGAUCAUCGGAUGGAUCUGAUCUCAAUCUCUGA